UGCUUUGUCUAUGGAAUUCUCAUCCAUUUUUUCAGUUUGUCUUGAGCGACAAGGAAUACUGAGUGAGGGUCAGGAGGCGUUUCCUAGCCAAGUAAUAUUUUUUGGUGGGAGAAGAUGUAAAAUUAUGCAUUGCAUUAGUGAUUGAUAGACCUGGAUUAGUCACUUUGAAGUUAUAUGGACUUAGAUGAGGGCCUACAAACAAGAUGCAGCAAGAUGAAGAAAAAUGAUAUUCUCCAAAAGCCCAAUUACGUAUUCUUUUCGUUGUGAGCUGAUUGUUACUUCGGAGGUGUGGGGCAUCCACAAACCCCUGACCCCGGAUGAUUUCACAGAUGGGGGAGUAGACACAUCACCACAGCUGUUGUCCAGGAAUCGGGGGAAAUGCCCUUGAGUGAAGCGUGGGCCAUAGACCUUCUUAGCAGCCAGGGUGGAUGCAAGCUUUGCAGGCCUCUUACCUUGGAAACAGCACAGUUGGCUUCCAUGUCAUCUUUGAAUAUGAGAGAUAAUCCUAGUUUCAGCAUAUCCUCAGUAGAGACCAACAGACCAGGUUUAUUCCUUCAAGAAGUCUCCCCAAACGGCAACCAUUUGCAGAAGUAAAUAAUACCUGUGUGAAGGACUUGAAUAGAUACAUCUCCGGAUAUGAUACGCUAAUGGCCAACAAGCGUGUGGCAGGAUGUUCAACAUCAUAUAUCACUGUGGAAAUGGAAAUCAAAGUGACAAGAAAUGUUGAUGAAUAGAUCUCCCCCUCUGGAAGCCAUGUUGAAGAUUUGUCUUCACAAGGAAGCCUGACUUUUCUUGUCCCUGUGGAAAAGUCUUUGAUUCAGAGAAGGAGGAAAAAUCACAGCUUUCCCAGACUGGGAGAAAAAAUAUGGAAUGUGUUUUACUGCUGACGGAACACAACCAAAUGAACUGUCCUGACAGUAGUUUGAAAGCCAGCAGUUAGCAGUUUGUUCAGGCGCUAACACUGUCCAGCACUUUCCAGAGCAGGCUCGCUGUUUACAAGAACUUUCGGCCUUACGAAGCUUAUAACUUCAAGCUUUGUUUAUUUGACAUAUUCUGUGAAAGAAAAGCACCCAGGGCCCAUUUUCCAAGAUGGCCAUGGAAGAAUAUUUGUGGAUGGUCAUUUUGGGUUUUAUUAUAGCUUUCAUCUUGGCGUUUUCUGUUGGUGCAAAUGAUGUGGCCAACUCGUUUGGGACUGCUGUGGGCUCUGGCGUGGUGACCUUGAGGCAAGCGUGCAUUUUGGCUUCAAUAUUUGAAACCACCGGCUCUGUGUUGUUGGGAGCCAAAGUAGGAGAGACUAUACGGAAAGGGAUCAUUGACGUGAACCUGUACAACGAGACGGUGGACACACUGAUGGCCGGGGAGGUUAGCGCCAUGGUUGGUUCAGCUGUUUGGCAGCUGAUUGCAUCCUUCCUGAGACUCCCAAUCUCAGGAACCCAUUGCAUUGUUGGUUCUACUAUAGGAUUCUCACUUGUUGCAAUUGGUACAAAAGGUGUACAAUGGAUGGAGCUUGUCAAGAUUGUUGCUUCUUGGUUUAUAUCUCCACUGUUGUCUGGUUUCAUGUCUGGCGUGCUGUUUAUACUGAUCAGAAUGUUCAUCUUAAAAAAGGAGGACCCUGUCCCCAAUGGCCUCCGGGCACUUCCUGUCUUCUAUGCUGCUACCAUAGCGAUAAAUGUCUUUUCCAUCAUGUACACAGGAGCGCCAGUGCUGGGCCUGGUGCUCCCGAUGUGGGCCAUCGCACUCAUUUCCUUUGGUGUCGCUCUGCUCUUCGCCGUUUUCGUGUGGCUCUUUGUCUGUCCGUGGAUGCGAAGGAAAAUAGCAGGCAAAUUACAAAAGGAAAGCGCUUUAUCACGAGCCUCUGAGGAGAGCCUCGGUGAAGUCCAGGAGGUGGGAUCCCCAGUCUUCACAGAGCUCCCAGGCACCAAGACCAGUGAUGACAGCACGGUCCCUCUCACCGGGCCACCUGGGGAGAUGGCAGCGGCGCCAGUGUCCUCAGAGGGUCCCUCCACAGGGAGCCACCCCCGGGCCACCUACGGACGUGCACUUUCCAUGACUCACAGCUCUGCAAAGUCACCAGUCUCCAAUGGCACCUUUGGCUUUGAGGGCCACACAAGGAGUGACGGUCACGUGUACCACACGGUGCACAAGGACUCGGGGCUCUACAAAGACUUGCUGCACAAAAUCCACAUCGACAGGGGCCCCGAGGAGAAGCCAGCACAGGAGAACAGCUACCGGCUGCUGCGACGGAACAACAGUUACACCUGCUACACGGCGGCCAUCUGCGGCCUGCCCGUCCACCCCACCUUCAAGGCCGCUGACGUGUCCUCAGCCCCUGAGGACAGUGAAAAGCUGGUGGGGGACACUGUGUCCUACUCCAAGAAAAGACUUCGCUAUGACAGCUACUCCAGCUACUGCAACGCGGUAGCGGAAGCGGAGAUCGAGGCCGAAGAGGGCGGUGUGGAGAUGAAGCUGGCGUCAGAGCUUGCUGAGCCGGGCCAGCCUCGGGAGGACCCCGUGGAGGAAGAAAAGGAGGAGAAGGACGCAGCUGAGGUCCACCUCCUCUUCCACUUUCUACAGGUCCUCACUGCCUGCUUCGGGUCCUUUGCUCACGGCGGCAACGAUGUGAGCAAUGCCAUUGGGCCCCUGGUAGCUCUGUGGCUGAUUUAUGAGCAAGGUGGAGUAAUGCAGGAAGCGGCCACACCCGUCUGGCUGCUGUUCUACGGAGGAGUUGGCAUCUGCAUGGGUCUCUGGGUUUGGGGGAGAAGAGUGAUCCAGACCAUGGGGAAGGACCUCACUCCCAUCACCCCGUCCAGCGGCUUCACGAUCGAGCUUGCCUCAGCCUUCACAGUGGUCAUCGCCUCCAACAUUGGGCUUCCUGUCAGCACCACGCACUGCAAGGUAGGUUCAGUGGUGGCCGUGGGCUGGAUCCGCUCCCGGAAGGCCGUGGACUGGCGCCUCUUCCGGAACAUCUUCGUGGCUUGGUUUGUGACUGUCCCCGUGGCCGGGCUCUUCAGUGCCGCUGUCAUGGCUCUCCUCAUGUACGGAAUCCUUCCGUACGUGUGACUUCCUUCUUCCAACCAGUAAACUGCUGAAGGGACAGUCCACACUGUGUGGAAGCCAUGUGCCCCGUGUCGCACACAGGCUGUCCCCAGCCCCCUCUCCACAUCCCUGCCAGACGGUUCCACACCACACCGCUCACCAGGCUGCAGGGCUGCGUCCUCCAGGGCCAACGUAACUACUGUACAUAGUAACGUGUAUUAAACUGGUAUUGUGGUGAUACAGGCGGUGCAGUUACUCACAUAUUAAAUAUACAUUGUAUACAUAGACUAGGUAGCAUUUCAGACAUAUUCGAAAUGGGAGUGGAGAGUAUUUCCUAGAAUUCAGUAUUAAUAAAUAAUGUACAUCAUGAUUUAAGUGGCAGAUGUUAAGAACUUUACCAAGGAAAGUGUAGACUGGAAAAGGUUUUUUUCCAAGUAUUUUCCCCUUCUAAUAUACUAUAUGAGAAGUGAAAUCACAACACAAACUUGGGCAAGCGUAUGCAGGCGCAACUGAUAAUCCUGGGACGAGAGGUCACAAGUGCUUUCAAUGAGUGUGUUCAUAUGCUGUGUUUCAAUUACUGUAUAAUAUAUCAUAAUUGCUUUUGUAAAUACAGUACUUAAAAUGGUAAUUUUUUAAUGGCGUGCUUCCCUUACACUUUUUAGAGCAGAGAAUUUUGGAAAGUACCAAAGAAGCAGGGGAACGGUUUGCCAGUAUUACGUUUCCCUUUGUCUGUCUCGCUUCUCAUGCUCACGCCCACUGCCUGCAGUGUCGGCGACCAGCCAGGCUCCAGCUCACACCAGCACUCGUCACGUCGGUGUCACAACUGAGUCCCCCCGCCCCGCGGCAGCACACUGCUGCCCCAUACCAGACCCUGCUCAGCCCCCGAGUGGCCUUUCAUCGUCACCAGCAUGGAGAACGUGCUGAAGUGAGGACGUGCCACGAAGCACCACACGUCAAGUCGAGCUCGCCUCCACCCACUCUCCCCCGCAGCCCGGAACACAGAAUUCCUGUCUCAGACAUUAAGGCCAGUGAGGCUUUUGAUGUGCUUGACAUUUUAGAAAUCUGGGAGCUCAGGGAGCUGAGAUAUUGGAAAAUACACUGGGUUUGAGGGUUUCCUUGAGGCCUUUACAUCCUGACACUCUCCUAGAGUCUACUGGAUUGUCUUCUCUUGACAGCGAGAGGGAAGAAGCCUGACUAAUGUUAGAGCCUGAAACUAUGGAAAUGCUGCUAAAAUUUUUAUACUGACAAACAUUUUCUCGGUACUUCAUUGUGAUUUUUUCAUUAAUCAACCACAUUAAAUUUAUAA